CGCGCGAGUCGACGCUCCCGCCAAAUUUGAAUAUCGAACGAACGCGACUUGACUUUUUAAUUUUUACUUUUUAUUUGGAUGCGCGUUUAUCGGCCAGUGUUGUUUGUGUCGAUUCGUAUUUAGUGUUGUGAAUGAUGUGAUAGAAACAUUUGUGCCAGAAAUAGAAACGAGAAACUUUAUACAGGAUUUGUGAGUUUCACGUUAUGGGAAAUUUUGACAGGAGUAAAACCGGCACGAUAUUCAAAAUGGAAGUGACAACAUGGCUAUCCUUAGCGAUAGCCGUUCUCACAUUCGCAACACCAGCGGCGACACACGAGCCUCGCGUGGUGUGCUACUACACAAACUGGUCGGUGUAUCGGCCUGGAACGGCGCGCUUCAACCCCCAGAACAUCAACCCCUACCUCUGCACACAUCUCAUCUACGCCUUCGGAGGGUUCACCAAGGAUAACACACUCAAACCCUUCGACAAGUACCAAGAUAUUGAGAAAGGUGGCUAUGCCAAGUUCACGGGUCUGAAGACGUACAACAAGAAGCUGAAGACCAUGCUGGCCAUCGGGGGGUGGAAUGAGGGGUCUACGCGCUUCUCGCCCAUGGUCGCCUCCAAGGCCGCCAGGAAGGAGUUCGUACGGAACGCUAUCAAGUUCCUCAGACAGAACCACUUCGACGGUCUGGACCUGGACUGGGAGUACCCCGCGUUCCGCGACGGCGGCAAGCCGAAAGACAGAGAGAACUACGCCAAACUCGUCAAAGAACUAAGAGACGAGUUCGAAAGAGAGAGCGAGAAGACUGGAAAACCUCGCCUCCUGCUCACGAUGGCUGUGCCUGCUGGCAUCGAGUAUAUUCAGAAGGGAUUCGACGUCAAGACUUUGAACCAAUACCUAGACUGGAUGAACCUGCUGACCUACGACUACCACUCCGCCUUCGAGCCCGCCGUCAACCACCACGCCCCCUUGUUCCCGCUGGAGGAACCCAACGAGUACAGCGUCGACAACGAACUCAACAUCGACUACACGAUCAAAUUCUACCUGGAAAAUGGCGCCGACCGCGAAAAGCUGGUGCUUGGUAUACCGACGUACGGCCGAUCAUACACGCUGUUCAACCCUGACGCGACGGAGAUCGGAGCGCCGGCCGACGGCCCUGGCGAACAGGGAGAUGCGACCAGGGAGAAGGGAUAUCUGGCUUAUUACGAGAUCUGCGAAGCCCUAAAGGCCAAAAGGACGAAGCGAGCUAUCAGCUCAGAUGAAGAAGACUCCGAUGAGGAAUCAUCAGCCGAAGAGGAUGAGCCGUGGACCGUGAUGUACCCUAACAAGGAUGCUAUGGGACCCGUGGCGUACAAGGGCAACCAGUGGGUUGGGUACGACGACAUAGAAAUUGUUCAGAAGAAGGCGGAAUAUGUGGCUGAGAAUGGACUAGGAGGCAUUAUGUUCUGGUCGAUCGACAACGAUGACUUCCGCGGCACGUGUCACGAGAAGCCCUACCCGCUCAUCGAGGCUGCCAAGGAAGCUUACAUAUCCAAACUAGGAUCGACAGACAAUACAGUAGUAUCGGAGCGACCUAAACUAUCGAGCUCCAGUAACAGAAGGCGACCAAGACCUAAAGUCUCUACCACCACCACCACCGCCAAACCCGCCUCGGCUGCCAAGGCUAAGACCAACAACAGGAAGAGUGCCGCACCCUCGGCCAAGAGCACCACGCCCACCUGGAACAUCGUCACCCCCGAGCCACCAACCACCCCCGACCCGGGAUCAGAUUUCAAGUGCACGGACGAGGGCUUCUUCCAGCAUCCGCGCGAUUGCAAGAAGUACUUCUGGUGCCUCGACUCCGGCCCGUCUAACCUCGGCAUCGUGGCCCAUCAGUUCACCUGUCCUUCUGGUCUCUUCUUCAACAAGGCCGCAGACUCAUGCGACUUCGCUCGCAACGUGCUCUGCAAGAAACCCACGACCACCACCAAGGCCCCCACCACCAAAGCGGCCACCACUGAAGCCACCACAACGAGGAAGCCUAUCAAGUUGAGCACUAAGAGCUCCGUGCUAUUCAGGACUACGACCACAACAACUACCACGCCUGAGCCCGAGAAACCCACGACCACCACCAAGGCUGUGGGUGUGGGAACCAUCAAAGUGGCCACCUCUGAAGCCACCACCACGAGGAAACCUAUCAAGGUGAGCACUAAGAGCUCCGUGCUGUUCAGGACUACGACCACUACAACUACCACGCCUGAGCCCGAGGAAGAGUACGAGGAUGAGGUAGAAGAGGACUCCGUCGACGUGGACGCCGAAGACCCCAAGGUUAUCAAGGAACUUAUCGAUCUAAUCAAGAAAGUCGGUGGUGUCGAACAGCUAGAGAAACAACUGCACCUGUCAGAAUCAAGUGGCAGCUCCAUCACCACCACUCCCUCGUCCUUCAAUAAGAAUCUGUACAAGAAGGUGCUGGAGAGGACCAUCGCCAGGACCAAGCAAGGAGGCAACAGCAUUUUCGAAAAAUCAGCUCAAAACAGACAGAGAGGACCACAAAACGCAGGUUUAGAGGCGACUGCUGAUAAGGACAAAUUGCUACGGAAGGACAGGCCUCAAUACACAACAAUCAACCGCGCCCGCGCCGCCACGACCCCCGAGCCCGUCGAAGAGUCCGAGUCCGAGUCCGAGGCCGAGUCCGAGGCCGACGAGGAGAUCGAAGCCAGGCCGGCGCGCGCGCGCCCCGCCGCCCCCGCGCCCGCCGCCGCGCGCCCGCUGCAGUACGUCAACAUCAGGCGGGCGCGUCCUAGUGUGUCCACUUCGGAUACCGCUGAUGAUACCGCUUCGAGGAACGCACUUUUCGAACGACCAGCUUCUUUCGUGACGGUCUCAGAAACACCUGAAUCGCUGGAUAUUCAAAGUGCAAGACGAGAGAAUAUUCCCGAGUAUGUCACUAUCAGAAGACAACGCCCGACUACUGAGGAAACCACUACUGUCCAGUACCCGAGCACAUUGCGAGAGGAAGAUUCACAAGAGACAAAUUUAGAAAGAGAAAUCUCGUCUCCACCAUCACAAGCACAGCCUCAGUACACGUCCAUAGUGAGAGCUCGUUCCACCACCUCCCCUCCCCUGGAAGAGCCCGAGAGCCCCGAACCCACUACUGUCCUUUCUGUCCAAUUAUCUUCCCUACUAAACACCCCCGAGGAGACUUCUGAGCCUGAAGCCCCCACGACAGUCACGGAUCCCCCGACGACAACAACUACGACAGCGGCGCCGAGCGCGUCCACACGCCGCAGCAUCCUCCGCCGCCGCGGUUCCACCACCACCACUACCUCUACCGCCGCCCCCUCCACCACCCAGACCGCGAAAUCCCGGCAGCCGUUCCUCCGGCGCACAAAAGCCACAGCUCCUCCAGACACCACGGACACCGACUCCGUCACCGAAUCCAUCGACAACGAGACCACCACAAACAAGUACACUCGACGGGGCAACUCCAAAUUCAAGACACGAAAGGAACUCGCCCGCAAAGAAAUCGCGAAGAAAAACGAAAUUGAAAAUGGAACGCGACGGCCAUCUUUGAGCGCUGGCGCGGUGCGCAGUGAGCGCCCGCGCGGCUUCGUGCGCCGGCGGCUUGGAGGGGCGAACGCUACUUCAACGACGCCAUCCCCGUCAUCUCAAGCAUCGCCAUCAUCACCAUCUGCUUCCUCGUCGCCAACCACCUCCGCCCCAACGUCUCGCCGACCAUUCCGUAUCGCCAGCCGCCGUCGCCCGUCCACCAAGUCGUCACUCUCGACUACGUCGACCACGCAAGCCUCAACAGCGGGCCUGGCUAGCGAGGAGUCGCUACAGGACAUCGGAGAUACUGAUUCGAUCGAAGAUCCAGCGCUCACACCGAGAUACGUUCCGAAAACAACUGUGAAAAUCCAAAAACGACCGCUCGUUAAUCUCAAAGACGAAACGAGAGACCAGAACCCGUCUGCGACCAACGAACAAGAACCAAAGAGACACAGCAAGAAGUACAGCGCCAGCAUAAAACAGAAUCAGCUAGAUGAGCUGAAGAAACCCAAGAGCCAAGAGGACACGAGUGAUACGACUACUUUGGGCUCCACUACGGUUGAAGAUAACAGCGCCGAAACAGCAUUAGCCAUAGCAGCCCACCAACUCCUAGCCGCACCCAUCCCCAAACUCCCCAGCUACGACGACGACUCACAACCGACCAAGAAAUCCACGCGAACCCAGACCACCGACUACUCCUACACCCCGCAAUACACCGACUUCACCGAGCCCAAGACCAUAUACUCCGAGGAAUUCAGCACACCCAAUUAUGAAUCCACUUCUCUACGAAACAAGGAUUACAUUUCUACAACUGGAGCGUACGAAGCCACGACUGGCUACGCUAAAACUACUUACAACCCUCCUAAUACCAGCCCAGUUUUCUUGUCUACUGUCUCAAGAGCUGUCUCCAUACCUUCAGUACUAAACCAAGGUGUGACCGGAGGUAAGAACCUCGGUCCAUCUACGGCGAGGUACUUGAGUGGGAAUGACAAGUAUGUGGGAGUACCGGUGGAGGAGUUUGGGUACUCGACCUCAGGGUAUCCUGGGCAGGAACCAUCAUACUUCACCAGAGAGUACUUGCUGGAGUCGCCGGUUACCAAGACUUAUGAUGACGAAUACCAAUACCUCUCACCUGUCACCACGCCGCAAACGACCAGGCAACCAGCAACCCGCAAGACGAUCCUCCGCAAGAUCUCCACCACUCUACCACCUACCCUGGCUCCCGCCACCACGCCCAAACCGCGCCGCGUCCCCUCCAAGAAGUUCGAGAAACCCUUCGAGAAGAUUCAGAAGGACCUGCCGAAUAGGACAUACAGGCCUAUUGAUAAUUAUGAUUAUUAUGAUGAUGGAUCAGAAAGGCUAGCGGAGAAGUAUGAAGAGACGAAGGUCGUACUACAUGGGAAAGGAACCAUAGAAUGCCUGGACAUCGGCAACUUCCCCCACCCAUCGUCGUGCAAGAAGUUCAUCUCGUGCGCGCGCAUCGAUAACGGCUCGCUACUAGGCUGGGAGUACAUCUGUCCUAAAGGCCUGAGCUUCGACCCCGUGGGGGGCAUCUGUAACUGGUCCGCGGGGCUGGGGUGCGAUGAGAAGGAUCUUUAAGAUAUGGGGUUGAUACGUUCGGGGGACUAGCGAUUGGCUUAUU